AUGCACGCUAGUUGGGUGAGUGCGGCACGCCUCUUCGUCAGCCCGCACACAGACACGGUGCAACUGACACUCCUGCAGCCUGGGGUACGCACCUACGUUGAUGGUCAGCGCCUGCUACGAAUCGGCUCUCCCGUAGAGGUGCUGGCCACCCAGCGAAUAUCCUUUGGUGCGGACCCGACGUCCUACGUGGUAACGCCAGCCCCGCACAGCCUCGUUCCAGGCACGCAUGCAGCGUGCCCACCACCACCGUUGGCGGUGCCGGCGUAUCCGGCAGCGGUCACUCGGGAGGGGCAGACGUCGUCGCUUUUCACGUCACCGUCCUCGUGCGUUUCGCCCCGUCUAGGCUGCUCUCUGCCACCGCUGUGCGUUGACGAAGAGGGAGAGCGCGACACAGCCACAGCCGUCUCAACGUCUCCGGAGGCCUUGACAGCCGUGGUCGCACCAGCGAACAUGGAAUCGAGGCAGAGCGGCACACCGCGCGAGGCAGUCUCGGGCUCCCCGCUUCUGGCAGCACCGCGGGCCUCGAAGAUGCGCGGGUGUUGCCUUACCCACGCGUCGCGCAGCAUCGCCGUCACAACCACCUCUACUGCAGAGAACGCAAGCGCUGUCCGCCGGACGACGGAGAAGUGCGCCAUCAGCGCACCGGCGACGGAGAGGACAUCAACGGACCUUCUUGUGGAGUGCACCGCGACGGUGGCACGUUGCUCUGCGGACGUGGUGAGUACCACCACCGGUGCUGCUUUACCGCCCGCCUACUCGAAGGAGGAGCGGCUCGGGGCCGCGGCGUGCUCACCGUCGCAGGGCCUCACCGGUGAGCACGCGCACUCACUCGCAUCCCUCUGCAACGAGACGGCUGAGCUGGCGCGGCGCGGAAUCUUCAAAGGCGAGUCGCGAGCGCGCGCGCAUCUCCACAACAGGCCGUGCUGGACCUUGGGCCCCGUCACCAGUGUGCGCUCCCCUGACUGGGAGGUGCUGCGCGCCAUGCAGGGUGACACAACACCACCGGGGCCAAAGGGCAUCUACCAGCUCAGCUGCGGCAGCGUCGGCUUCGAUGAGGCGAUGACGCACCUUCGCAGAGGACGCGUUGGCCCUCUGGCACCGUCAGCGGGGGAGGUUAGACAACGACCACAGCCCCUGAGGCCGCGCUUGCAACGGGCUGGCGCCGCCCGGCACUGUGGAGCCCGCCACUCGAGCCGCGGGCUCUCUUUGGAGUUCACCGAGCGCACCUCCGUCGAUGUGGAGGGCGAAGGUACCGCAACAGCCACGCACGCGACGCCUUUGUCACGGGAUGAGGCAGUCACCGAGCCUUCCAGUGUCCUGAGCAGUGACCUCACCGCUACACAGAGUGCACGUCAGCGUCCUUAUAUGCGAGAAAAGCUGCACUUGUUUCCGCGCGUGCCGGUGAACCCGUUUAUCGUCGAGGCGUUUGGCCAGACGCAUCGGUAUCGACCGCUGGCUCACCUGAGCGACACUCCGCAGGCAGACAGCAGUUGCAGCAGCGCCAAGAGCGAGGAUGGGAGUGCGCCAGUGGACGUCUUCGACCGGUUUGCUGGCGUGCCAUGGCGGCACCCGAUCGUCGCCGACGAGAUGGUGACCCCGCGAACGGCAGCGCUGCUGGGCGAUAUCCUGCGGCGCCGCCCUGACUCGACGCCGGCGUCCGAAGACGCGACCUUUCUGCACUGCGCCCUGCGACGCUCAUACGACGCAGAUAAAGACCGCUUCUCGUACGUGGACUCACCGGCAUUCGUGCAGCUAAUCUACACGAGAUUCUCCUCGUUGCUAACGGCUAUCAAGGCACGUAUGCAAGUGAGUCGUCCUGUGCUGCGCCUGUCGUCCCCGCUGCUGUGCGGCGGGGAUUUACUGGGCAGCUUCGCGGACCUGAUGGUGCUGCUUGGCAGCGUCGCCCAUUUUGCCCACUGGUCUACGAUGCACACGCCGCUGCUGCUGCUCGGCAACUACGUGGACGUCGGCUGGCACAGCGUGGAGGUGUGCAUGCUGCUGUGCUGUUGGGCGUAUUUGCAGCCAAGCAAAGUGCACCUCCUUCGCGGCCCCCACGAGGACCCGACAGUGAACGGCAACUGCCGCCUGCUGGGCAAGCGGUGCCUGCGUUAUAAGUGCCGGCAGCGCUUCGGCUCGCGCAGGGGUAUCGCCCUGUGGGCACAGCUGAACGACGUCUUUACCCUGCUACCGGUGGCGGCGGUGAUUGAUGAGCGCGUAUUUGCCACGCACGGCGGCGUGCCACUGCUGCGCGCGUCGACGGCACCGGGUGGGGAGGAGGAGAAGGGUGCUGCAGUGAGGCGCCAGCGUGGCGGCAAGGCACCAGUGCACUGCUUGUACAGCGGCACCUCUGGCUCACCGACGCCGACCUCGUCGGAUGCAAACACUACGGUGUCCUCCUCUUGCCGCCUAUCGGCAGGCGUUUGCGCCGGGGAACGGCGGACUGCCUGCGCGCACGAGAGGGGCGGCGACGAUGCCAGGGAGAGCGUGCUGUUUGCGGCGCUCUGUCCCUUCGACAUGCGGUAUCACCGCUCACAGACACCCGUGAUGGAAAAACCACGCGAUGCUAUCACGGCGGAUGACGCCGAGGCGCAGAACGACAUCACCGCGAUCGGGCUGCUGUCACUCGCACCGCUCUCCGGCUACCAAGUGGACGAGAGCGAUGGAUGUCCGAGAGCCAGCACAGAAUGCGCGGCAGCAAGAGGUGCGGUGGUCUCCGCCACGGCCCUUCCAUCAUCCCCGACACCACCGAGUAGUACCGUGCCACCUCCUCGCCAGGGCAUGACGGGGGUGGCACCCCAAGGCAGGUGUGACAUGAGCGCUGCCGUUGCGCUGCCAGCUGCAACCACCCAGGCACCCACGCCAGCACUGGUUUCGCCAUUUUCUCGGGCCGCCGACACUAGGUUCAUCGCCGCCGCCGCACCUUCACACUCCGAAGCGCUGACGCGAACGACCCCUGCGUGUAGCACGCCAUCUGCCGCAACGGGCGCCGUUCGGUGCGUUGCGCAUGGCGGUCGUGUCGCCACACAGAGGUCCACGGACGCGUGUCGUGAAGCCUCCUCAUCUCUGGAGCGAUCGCGGCGAGAGGACUUUUUGCCAUUCGAGACACUUCGACAAGGGUGCGCUCCUCCAACAGCGGCAGCAGCAGAGAGCUCCCCGGCACCGUGCUCCGCCGCCAGCGCAUGCGUCACCGGCUCUGAAGUGCGGAGCUCGCAGGAAUGCGAGGCCGACACAUGGUUGCCUUCAACGCACACCUCGGUGGACGAGGGUGCGCCGUCCGAGGACGACUUUGCCAACCUUCUUGCGGCCAUGCACACAGGUGAGUACGCCUUUCGCACCCUCCAGUGCUCCACCCCGUUGGAAAGCCAAGACGUGACCCGGCGCCUCCGGCUCGUGCGCGAGCUUCUGUGGAAUCGACCUCGUGAGGCGACCGCCAAACUGCUCAUGCCUGAGGAAGAGCUGGACAGCGAUGGAGGGAACGCGGCGGCGGUGCCGUGGUGGCGACCUUAUCGAGUGGAGGGCUGCUGCUGUUGCUGCCCUGCUGGCCGUGCGCAUCGCUGCUGCCACACUUUCGGCUCUGGCGCUCUCAUCCGCUUUUUCCUCCGCUUCCGCUAUUCCAUGUUGAUACGCGGGGCGCCGGAAGACCCCUCUGAGCUGUGCGGUGCUGAGUUAUCCGAAGAAGGCCGGCUGCUGACACUGAAUACGUGCAGCCGAAGGUGCAAGACGGUGUUGCAGGCGGCGGCGUGCGUGGUGGAGUCCCAGACGCUGCGCCUUGCCACGUGGGGGUCGCAGGAACUCGCCGAUUCUCUUGGACAGCUGUCACUGAGCAGUCUUCCCGGUGUUCGAGAGACGGAGGCGGCGAGGGCGGACUUUGAACAGUUUGUGUGCAAUACGCUGCACACCCGCCUGCGUGAUCAUCACAUUGUUGGCCCGGCCGAUCAGUGGAGUGUGCUCUCGGCGUACAAGACCUACAUUCAACGGCGAGCCGCGGCUAGCGCAUCGUCGCGAAGGCUGUAG